AUGGCGCCUCCGGCUCCCGGCCCGGCCUCCGGCGGCUCCGGGGAAGUGGACGAGCUGUUCGACGUGAAGAAUGCCUUCUACAUUGGCAGCUACCAGCAGUGCAUUAACGAGGCGCAGCGGGUGAAGUGUGACCCACCCUCUCUCCUCCCCUAUCCCACUCCCCUCCCCAGGUACCACAACGUGGGCAUCCUCGUGCUCUUCCUGCAUGACAUUAGCGACGUGCAGCUGGAAUUCACCAAGCUCAAUGUCUACUUCAAGUCCCGCGGCGGCUCCCAUCACAGGCUCCACGCUCUGGCGGCCGACCUGGGCUGCCUCAGCUUCAGCCUCAGCUGGUUCUGGUUCCGCCUCUACUGGUUCCCGCUCAAGGUUCUGUACGCCACGUGCCACAGCAGCCUGCGCUCCGUGCCUGACAUCCCCUUCUACUUCUUCUUCAACGCUCUCCUUCUGUUGCUCACCCUCAUGAACCUCUACUGGUUCCUGUACAUCGUGGCUUUUGCUGCCAAGGUGCUGACAGGCCAGGUACGCGAACUGAAGGACGUGCGGGAAUACGACGCGGCAGAGGCCCAGAGCCCCAAGCCCAGCAAAGCUGAGAAGCCGCUGAGGAACGGCCUGGUGAAAGACAAGCGCUUCUGAAUUCCUUGAUCACCGUCCCACCCCUUAGGACCCAGCCUCGCCCGACCACGCCCCCCAGGGACCGACCACGCCCCUCCUCCGGGACUCUGGUUCCGUCCCUCCCCGCCCCACCUGGGCCCUGGCCACUCCCGGUCACCUCCCCCUGGACUCCUGCCCCGCCCCCGGGGUCUACCCCCGUCCGGCUUCAGGACCGCGGCCACGUCCCCCGGGACCCUGACCCCGCCCAGCCCCAGACCUCCGUCCAGGCCCCUCCAGGGAC